AUGCCAAUCCUUCCAGAUUUAGAUCCACAGACAGUCGAGACACUGUCCGGCGCUUUGAAGACGGUGGGCGAGAAAGCGGCCAUCUUCUCGAAGAUCGCAGUUACCGGCGCGAAAAUUGGAGACGCGAAAGCGCAAGAUCUAAAAGAAGACACCCACAUCAACACGGUCAAGACGACGGCAAAAAUGGCUGCUUCGGCUGGUGGGGCGCAUCUAGGCGCAUCAUGUGGGGCCCGGCUUGGAUCGGCUUUUGGCGGCGUGGGCGCAGUGGUGGGCACGAUCGUCGGAUCAAUCGUUGGAAGCACGGCAGCUGAAGGCAUCGCCUCAACCACGGUGGAUCGUGUCCAUGAAGCUGUCGCCGAAGAAGAAGUAGAAGACGCAGAACAC